ACUACAUCAAUGGCUACUUCCUAACGCACAUGCGUUAACGUUAAUGUUUUUAUUAUUUGUAUGGUGUAAGCACGUAGCCAUUCACAAAAAAGAAGUGCUUUGAAAAUGAAGACAAAGACGCAACGCAGGAGCAAAGGAAAAGGUGGACUUAGAAGGGAAAAUGGUAAACUUCAGGAAUUCAGAGAUUCCGUUGAUAACUUUGUCAAGAGCAAGGGAGGUUCGGAUAAAAACAAAAACGACAAAAGAGCAACAUUCAUAAAAAGGAAAAGUAGAAAGGUGCUACGCAGAGAAACGCGUAUGUCAAAGAAAGCCAGGAAGAAAUGUCACUACAUGGGUUUGUCAUCUACCAUUGCUAACCAGAGUGAGGUACCUGCUCCUAAAACGACUGAAAAAGGGAUAAAGUCUGAAAUCUCGGGCGUAAAGCCUACCGGAAAUCUUAAAACUGCCAGUCAAGGACCACAGGAGACAAACGACGACAACGUUGUUACUAAAGAUGUAGAAGCAAAGACGAAACGAAAAGUCCACUUUUCCGAAGAUGUGAAAAAGGAGAGAAAAAAGGCCAAACUAGAAGAGGGCAGAAAGCGGGCUCUAAAGGAUGCAAAUAUAGAAGAGGACAAAGAAAUCAAAAGAUUAGAGAAACGCCUAGGUUUUAAUAAACGAAAAAAUAAAAACACUCUUCCCCAGUCUUUUACCAACGAUGGACUUGAUUAUAUUUUAGGAAUUCUUGAGCCUGGAGCAUCUUCAACGGGGCUGUAUGAGAGUGAUGAAGAAAUGGACAUUGAUAAAGCAAAAGAUAACUUCAAUGGGUUGGAAGAAGAUAGUGAGGGAGAAACGACAAAUGAUGAGAAACAAGAUGCCAGUGAGGGGGACAAUGACACUGGUUCAGAGGAAGAAGAUAUAGAGGUUGACCUACAACUGGAAGAUGUGGAGGAUCUAGAGGACAGUGCACAACUAGAUGAAGAUGAAGAGGAGGCAGAGGAUGACGAAGAACAGAGUGACACGGAUGCAUCAGAGGCAAAUGAUGAUGGAGAGGAAGUUGAAUCUGAACAAAGGCCACCUGACAGCAAAGAGCCAAAUCCAUCUUCAGUUGCAAAGUAUGUUCCACCACACCUGCGAGAAGCCGCUGAUAGCAAACGCAAAGUUGAACUGGAGAAAUUGAAGCGCAGUGUGAAAGGUCUAAUAAACAGGUUGAGUCAGCCCAAUAUGGCCUCCAUCAGCAGUCAGCUUGAAGAACUGUACAUGAGCACCAGCCGAAAGGACAUGAAUGACACUCUCACUGACAUUCUGCUGGCUGCCUGUGUCACCCCUACUCUCAUGCCUGAAAGGCUUCUGACGGAGCACAUACUUCUCGUCAGCAUUCUUCACCACACUGUCGGCUUGGAGGUUGGAGCUAAUUUUCUGGAGACUGUGGUUCGCCGGUUUGAUAAAACCUACAGUGACGAUGCUAGUAUAGACAAGGAAUGUGACAACUUGGUGUGCAUUAUUGCCCACCUCUAUAACUUUCACGUGGUCCAUGCUCUCCUGGUCUUUGACAUUUUGAAGAAGCUGGUAACACGUUUCAGCUCCAAGGACAUUGAACUAGUUUUGCUGGUCUUGAAGAAUGUCGGUUUUGUGCUGAGAAAGGAUGAUCCGCUAGCCCUCAAAGACCUAAUCUCUGAAGCUCAGCGGAAAGCCAGUUCUGAAGGGGAACGUUUUCAGGACCAAACAAGAAUUCGGUUUAUGUUGGAGACUAUGCUGGCCUUGAAGAACAACGACAUGCGGAAGAUUCCGGGUUAUGACCCUGAACCUGUGGAGAAAUUAAAGAAACUGCAGAAGACUUUGAUUCACAGCAGUGCUAGCGGCAGUGAUGUAAGGCUGAGAGUUUCACUAGAGAAUGUACUAGAGGCUGAUCGUGUUGGCCGCUGGUGGAUUGUGGGAUCUUCCUGGAGUGGAGCACCUAUGAUUGAUGAUCACGGCAACAAGAUGAGCACCCAGCCCAACACAGGGAAGCAAUAUAGCGCAAAGAUCUUGGAGCUUGCACGCAAACAAAGGAUGAACACAGACAUCAGGAGAAACAUUUUCUGUGUUGUUAUGUCAAGUGAAGACUAUUUGGAUGCCUUUGAGAAACUUCUAAGGUUAGGCUUGAAGGACCAGCAGGAGCGGGAAAUUGUUCAUGUUCUGAUGGACUGCUGCCUUCAGGAGAAAAGCUUUAAUAGAUUCUAUGCAGUUUUGGGAGAGAAAUUUUGUUCACAUGACCGACGGUUUCAGAUGACCUUUCAGUUCAGUUUAUGGGAUAAAUUCAGAGACUUGGCAAACCUUUCCAGCUCGUCCUUCAGUAAUCUGGUCCAGUUGGUCACACAUUUUGUACAGAGAAAAUGUCUCUCUCUUUCUAUUCUUAAGGCUAUAGAGUUUGGGGAGCUAGACAAGCCCAAAGUCAAAUUCCUAAAGCAGAUUCUCUUAAAACUCCUUAAAGAAACCGAGCCAGAGGAUCUUGUGAACAUAUUUGGCAGGAUCUCUGGAAUUCCUAAGCUGGGAAUGCUUCGGGAAGGCUUGAAGCUUUUCAUCAGUCAUUUUCUGCUCCGAAAUACUCAAACACAAGAACCAGCUGAGCAAGCCAAGGUACUUAUAGACAGAGCCGAGGUCGCCACCAAAGCCAUGGAGGCCCGGGAGGCCAAACUUAAGCUGUAGAGCUGUGUGAGCACUAGCAUACAAUAAUAACAAACUAUGUUUCUGUGCUUGUGAAAUGUGCACAGAUGUGUCUGAAACAUUUGAAUAUGUAAUGAAUGUUUCCUUAUUGACAUUGUGAGACAUGCCAAUUGUUGACAUGUUAAUAAAUUUUAUCUUGAGAUGGA